AUGCCCUUUGGCCUGAAAAACGCUGGAGCCACCUAUCAAAGACUUGUCAACAAGAUAUUUCAAAACCUAUCCAGAAGCAAACUAGAAGUCUACAUAGACGACAUGCUCGCUAAGACUGAAUCAGACGAACAACUCACCCACGACCUCAAGGUCAUAAUGAACACCCUACGAAAGCACCAAAUGCGACUCAACCCGGCAAAAUGUGCCUUCGGGAUGGAGGCAGGGAAGUUCCUCUGCUUUAUGAUCACGCAACGCGGAGUUGAAGCAAACCCGGAGAAAUGUCGCGUCGUCCUCGAGAUGACGAGCCCAAAAAACCUCAAAGACAUCCAAAAGCUCACCGGCCGAUUGACGGCGUUAUCACGCUUUCUCGGGGCAUCGGCUCAAAAAGCGAUCCCUUUCUUCAAAUUGAUGAAAAAAGGAGCCCCUUUCAAAUGGGAGACGGAAUUAUCGAACAACCAAGCAGAAUAUGAAGCCCUCUUGGCAGGCCUAGCCCUAGCCCGGGAAGUCGGAGCAAAGGUCCUAGAGGUAAAUACCGAUUCACAGGUAGUCAGUUCCCAAAUCAACGGAGACUACCAGACACGAGAUCCCCUACUCCAACAAUACCUCGCCAAGGUAAACAAACUGAAAGAAGGAUUCGAGCAUGUUACCAUACAACACGUUCCUAGGAAACGAAACGCCAGGGCAGACCUACUCUCCAAACUAGCCAGUACUAAACCAGGACACGGUAACAAAUCGCUAAUUCAGGAAGUCGUUAAGUUGCCCUCCGUGUUAACGACAACCAACACUCAUCUGACAUUCUCGAACCAGGGAUCUUGGACCUACCCUAUCCUACAGUACCUCCUCGACGGAACACUGCCGCCGGACCCCAAAGAGGGAAAACGAAUAAAAAGGGAAGCCGCCAAGUAUACCGUUGUCGCAGGACAAUUAUACAAACGUGGAUUCUCGCAACCCCUGCUCAAAUGCGUCGAACCCGGGGACACGGAGUACAUACUCUGCGAAAUCCACGAAGAUUGCUGCGGCCACCACGUUGGAGACUACUACACCAAAUGGAUCGAAGCCGAACCCCUGGCCUCCAUAACGGCAACCCAAUGCCGAAAAUUCCUCUGGCGACAGAUCAUCACCCGAUUCGGGAUCCCCGAGAUCGUUAUCUCGGACAACGGAACCCAAUUUGCAGACAAAAAGUUUAGAGAGUUUUUAGAAGGGCUACUUGUAUCUCACUGUUUCAGCUCGGUAGAACACCCCCAAACAAAUAGACAGGUGGAAUCCGCGAACAAAAUAAUCGUUAAAGGACUCAAGAAGUGGCUCGAUGAAGCCAAAGGACUAUGGGCUGACGAACUCGGAUCGGUCCUAUGGUCAUAUCGAACCACACCUCAAACGACCAUGGGAGAAACACCUUUCCGAUUAACAUACGGUGUGGAGGCGGUCAUCCCGGUAGAGAUCGGAGACCCAAGCCCCAGAAAAACGGUCGGAGGUAACGAUGAGGAAGCAGAACGAGACCUCAUCGACAAAGAAAGAAGCAUAGCUCAUAUCAAAGAGCUAGCCCUAAAACAAAGAAUCAGCUUAAGAUACAACCAUAGCGUCGUCCGACGAGAAUUUGCAACCGACGACCUCGUCCUACGACGAAACGAUAUCGGUCCCCCAACCCCAGGAGAAGGGAAACUCACUCCCAACUGGGAAGGACCAUACAGAAUCAAGGCUGUAAUCGAAAAGGGAGCAUAUAAACUCAAACGGCUUAACGGCAAUGAAGUCCCAAGGACAUGGAACGCUGCCAACCUACGGCGAUACUACACUUAA